AUGGUGCUUUUCCUCUGGGCUCUCUCCUGCAAAGUGCAGAGCGAGGAGAGAGUCCAGCCCGGCACCCGAGGGCGCGGGGGAGCUCCGGGCGGCCGGGACCAGGGAGGGGGAGCGCCGGACGCGGUACUCCGGGGGAGCCGGCAGCGCCCGGGAGGGAGCGGGCAGCGCGGAGGCAGCGCGGGGCUCCGCCGUGCCCGGCGCGGUACCUGCGGACGGGCGGGCGGCCCUUCCCCCGUGCCGGCCGCGGGUCAUCCCUCCGCACCCCCGCAGCGCCCCGGUCACUUAUUGAUUAUUUUCUUACGGGCACGGGGCAUCGAUCCCUCCAUCCCCCACGCCCGCCCGGGGGUGCGAGAGCCCCUCAAGUUUGCAAACCCCGCGCUCCUCCCGCACCCCCUCCCGCCGCACUCGGCGUGCGGGCCAGGACUAAUUAAUUUAAUACAUUUAGAACUAAUUGUAUUUACUUUCGCCUCCCCCCCAGCUCCCCUUGCCGUUCGGGAGGGGGCUGGGGCCGGUCCGGGGGCCGAGGAGCGGCGGCGGCUGGAGCGGAGCGGCGGAGCGGCUCGGUUCGAACCUCGACAGCGCCAUCUCUCGUCCACAGUUGUUACAGGAACACAGAACAACCCUGCAUCAGAGAAGAGGGAAAAGAAGGAACAGCGAAGAAGCAGAAACAAUUAUGUGUGUGUCUAUGUGACAAUAAUUUCUUCUGUCGAUGCUUUGUUUAUUUUUAAUAAAGGAUGAGUGACUCAAAGGUUUGCUUUAGAAGGAGCAGAUGACAAAGUAUGUCCUGGAUGAAUUUAUUCUCUCUCUUCCCCCCAAAAUUUUCUGGUGGACUUGGCUCCCUGGUGCUGUGCCACUGCAGCCUUUGCUCCGGCCGAGCUCCUGCUGACCUGCUGCACACCAGGAAUGGAUGCUGCUCUACACUCACUUUCUCAUACAUUUCCCUUUCCCCUAAUCCUGUUUUUAUGCUUGGGUUUAUGUCCCAAUAAUCAAUAUAAUUUAGGCCCAUUCUGCAGUAUCAACACAACCUUGCUUAUUCAGAGAAAACCCCAACCCUAUUGACUUCAAAAACGGUGGGAUUGAAUCCUUGAUCCCAUUGAAACCAAUGACAAAACUUGUAUUGAUUUCGGUGGAAGCAGGAUCAGGUCCUUGAUGUUAGCAAUUUGUUUAUGUCAGAGGGCUGAUCCUACAAGAAAUGAAAGAAAGACAGCAGCAGAUCUGCUGGCAGGAAAUCAGGUCUGCUCCCCAAAAUCCAAAGGCAAAGCUGUGGUGGAGCUCCUUCAUGCUGAGGUUUUAGCACUGGGAUGCGGCGUGGUGGGGUGCCUGUAUAAUUUUGCCUGGACACAGAAAGCUGGUCCUCCUGGGAGCAUUCAAAUGAGCACAUCUAUAAAUGUAGCACAGCAAAAUGAGCUACUUUUGCCACUCUCGCUUUUCCCAAGCCCGGCACAAUCCAUUUCUGUGACGACAGUUUUCUGCCCCGUACGCAUCCAAUACUGCUCUUUUAUUUUAAGGCUGAGAAAAUCUUCCCUUUAAACUCAUGCUGAGCAUCAAAUUGGACUCCACUUGCAGCUGAACAUCUUGGCUGUCUCUUCCUUUCCUCCAUCAGCUCCAGUAUAUUUUAUGUAGAAUUCUCCCUCUUAAUGAGACUUGCUUCUCCUCUCUUCACUUUUCAGUUUUGUAUUAGUGUUACCGAAUCCACCAGACUUGCUGCAUUUCAAAGCUGCAGAAGGUGAGAAAAUAAAAAAUAUUUAUUUCCCUAUACAGUCUCCUAUUUGGCCAUUCUGCCUAGAUCAUGAAUAAACAACCUCUAUUCAGUUGUCUGUAAAGUUUCUGUGGCUAAAUUAGAAAAAAUGUACCUUGAAAAGACAGGCUUAAACACACAUUUUGGUUGCUUUUGUGUCACAUCCAAGAGGGUUUGUGUUUUAGCUCUAGGAAUUGUGAGGUUUUAGCAGCUGCUUCUAGUUUAUUCCCUGGAAGUGCCUGACAGUCACUAUAUGGAAAAUGCAGCAUCGGUGCUACGCUUGAGUGUGUGAGUUUGCUCUGUCUACUCUGAAUCCAAAUGAAGUGAUGACUUUUUAGCAAUCAGGAUAUUUUCAUUGCUCAUUUAUAACGUUCAUAAAAUGCUAGAAAUAUUGCAAAUAACAUUGUAUGAUCUAGAGGCAGUUUCUCCCUCUGAAGGGAAGACAGCGCAGAGGUGCAACUGGAAAGCUGCAAGUGACUCUGAGACGUGGCUAAAGGUUGGCAUCACCAGGUUUGCACUGUGCUUGUUCCCUGAUGCAUGUCCUACUUUACUAAUUUUCAUGAACAGCUUUCGCCUAAAUGUAAAAAUCAAUGAAGACAUUUUGAUGCUAAAAAAAAAUCUAUUCAUUUAAAAGAAAUAAAGACUUAAGUUGCAAUAAAGAUUUUUAUACAGCUUUAUGAUGGAAUUUGUCAUUUAUAACCUGGGUGAGCAUGUUCAGCUAUACCGUGUGGUGUUUUCUCUGAAAUUAGCUGAAGUGGGUAAAUGGAGAAUCAGGUAAAAAUUCUUGCACAAAUAAAACUGAAAACUCUAGAGAAACAGAAAACUAGCAUCAGUUAAGGGGAG